UUCUCCUCUCCCUGCAGACCACAUGUAGUAGGACCUGCUCUACCUCCAGGCUUUAAAAGACAAGAUGCAGAUGAAGAUGAGGAUGAAGAGGAGGUAAAAGAAGAUGCUAGAGGAUUUUUAGGACCAGGUUGUACACCAGCAGCGUCAAGUGGUGAAGAAGAAGAAGAUGACUAUGUCGUUGGACCCAUGCCAUCAAAAGGACCGUCCCAGGACUCUGUGGCAUUGGACUUUGAAAGAAGAGCUCAAAGAAUGAAAGACAAACUUACAGGAGUGGAUACUGGCCCCAAAGUGCUCUCCAGAGAGAGCUGGAUGACAGAGUUGCCUCCUGAGUUGCAGCACGUGGGCCUGGAAGCACGAACCUUUAAGAAAAGAUCAGGCCCUGAGAACAAAGACCGCUCAGUUUGGACUGACACUCCCGCUGACUGUGAGCGAAAAGCUAGGGAACGACGAGAGGCUAAGGAAAAAGGUGAAUCUGCCAAGGAUGAUGGACCUCAUCUGCCUCAGAAAGAGCUUGAGAUGGCUGAAAAAGUUUCAAAAUAUAAUGAGUCCAAGCGUGGUGAAUCUCUCAUCAGUAUACACACUAAAAAGAUGAAAAGAAAAGCUGAGGAGGAUGCUAACAAGCCUGUGGAAAGAAGACCCUUCGACAGAGACACAGACCUCCAAGUCAAUCGGUUUGAUGAGGCUCAGAAAAAAGCUUUGCUCAAGAAGUCACAAGACCUGAACACCCGCUUUUCACACAGCAAAGACCGCAUGUUCCUAUGAGGGACAUUCAACAAAUGUAUCUCUUGUUGUCAAGAAUUUAUUUAAUGGAUGUUGUACUGCAUUGGAAUAUUUGAAGCAUCAUCAUCAUCAUUAUCAUCAAAACAUCAUGACAAGCUUUUGUUGACAGUUAUAUGUAAAAUUAGGAGGACCGACUGUUUUUUUUUUUGUUUGUUUUUUACCAGUGUCUAAUUGUAAGAUAAUACAUUAAAAGUUUUGUGACUUCUAUAAGUUUUUAGGCUGCCUUUUUAUUAAUAGGUAAUGAAUACUUAAGUAUCAUCGUUUAUAUCCAGUGAAUUCCUCUGAACCAGAGUGUGCUUUCCUCAUAGACUAUUCCAAGUUCAGAUCACAUGUGCUUCACCCUAACAAUAAAAGACAGAAAUAAUUUAUAUUUUGCUUAAUGAAAGUUAAGACCAUUUUAGACCCAUUAAAACUUUUUGUUGUGUCAUAACACUUAAUCCCAAAUUAUUAUUACCUUAAUGAAAAAAAACAGCACUAUGAUGCUAACAAUUGAAAUUCUAAAGUAUUUACAUCACUAGUUUUUUAUUGUACUUUGAUUUUUGCAGUUGUCAGAUUUACAGUUUAAAUCCAUUCCAUCUUUCCUGUACAGUACACUAUUACUAUAUUAAUGCGAAUCAACAGUCAUGGUGAUAAUGUUACAAUGCAAAUAAUCAUGAUGGUCCUAAUAUAAUUUUUGGUUGCCCCAUGUAAAACUAUAUUUUAUUAUUUUAUUGCGAUAUAAUUUUAACCAUGUAAGUUCGUGGCUAUAAGGCUCAACUGAAUUGUUACUUGGAGGUUUUUAU